CUCAUUGUCAGAGUUUGAAAAUAGCGGCAUCUGAUAAUUUCUCAAGCGUUUUUCAUGUUUUAAGGAAUGUAGAGGUUAAAUGGUUUUUUUUUUUUUUUUUGGUCUUUAGCAAAAAGUCUGGAAUAAAAUCUUCAUAGUGGAUUUAUGUAUGAACAGCCUUUACCUCACCUACAGAAGAGUGCUCUCUGGGCUCUGAGGGAGAGGAUGAGGUGUGUGCAUGGGGGACGGAUGCGCAGGAUGAAAGAAAUGAACAAGAUAAGAUGAGUCUGACACCCAGCGAGGGCACAGAGGCUGGAAGUCCCUCUCGUUCCACCCGCGCCCACAGUCUGAGCCCCUCGCUGGAGCACUGGGACGAGACUGAGAACACGACCCUCCCAAGUACCACCGGAGAGAAAGAGAACAGUGCAUACACACAGAAAGAUGCCCGUGUAGUGGAAGACUGGACUGGGUAUGACUUCCUCAUGCAGCUGAGAAAAGUUUCCCACCUUCCUGACUCACGACACAGCCAGCAACACAACGGCUCCAUCACUUCCUACCACACAGCUGGUGUGCAGGACGACACACUAUCCAUCCUGUCACCAGGAGUUCAGGAGUCACCUGAGGGAAAAGACGCAUACCCUGGGAGCCCUGAUCCUACAGAGACAGAAAUGCAGGUGUGUCCAUUUUGCCAGCGGUCAUAUCAGCGGGGCACCUAUCUCAGAGAACACAUGAAGUUAUGCCAGGAGAGGGAGGGAGGGCACACUGUGUGUCCACUCUGUGGCUACAACACUCCGUACAGGGCACAGAUGGAGCGGCACAUGGCACUUCACGCCCAGGUUAAAGAGAAGAAUUCUGUGUCUGACCCCAACAUGGAAAACCGGAAGUUUAAGUGUACACAGUGUGGAAAAGCCUUUAAAUACAAGCAUCAUCUUAAGGAGCAUCUGCGUAUUCAUAGUGGUGAGAAGCCCUACGAGUGCUCCAACUGUAAGAAACGUUUCAGUCACUCAGGCUCCUACAGCUCACACCUAAGCAGCAAAAAGUGUCUCAGUGGGGGUGGCUCAGGGAACGGCACAUAUUUCAAUGGCCACUCUCACUCUGCCUACCUCUUCCAACCCCCAGCGUCACCCCCUGUAGUUGGAAGCAGGAAUGGUAACAGAGGGAAGAGCUCUCCUUAUGCCACACUGAGUCAUUGCUUCACAGAGCAACUAGCCAAUCAGGGACAGGAAUCUAUUGCUUCUGCACUCCGAGCUUCGGAUCUAAGCAGACCUUGGGAUUCUGUUGCAGCCAUGAGGAUGGGGGUGUUAAAAGGGACUACACUUUUGCCCUUACUGCACUCUGGUGGCAAGUUUGAACAGCUCCUGCAGGAAAUGCUCCGAAAGGAAGUGGGGAAGGAUGAGCAGCUAGGAAGCAGGCAGGACAAGGAAGACGAAGACACGUCAGAAAGAAGAGAGGGGAAAAGUGAUAUGCCUGUCUGUGCCGUAUCAUGUCAGCGUUGCUUCCAGCUGUUUCCAAAUGAAGUUGUUCUAAAGCAGCAUGAGAGAUAUCUGUGCAAGGGAAAAGAUGAGCAGAACGCUGCACAGAUGCACUGCAUCAAAGAUGGAUCACCGCUCAACUUCUCACGUGUCUCCCAGAAGCUUUACGACACACAGAAAACUCCCACCACCCCUAAUGGAAUGACCAGAGAGCUCUCUUCUCCACAGCGGGCAUCCUGGCAUUCACUUCCACAGCAGCUCCUUGUGCCACUGCAGUCACCUUUGCACUUCCGCUCUGAUCCUGCACAUGCCUUCUGGCCAAACAGAAAGACAGACAGCCCUGGAAACUCCAGCAUCAUGAGCCCGACCUCGCCCUCACUACAGGAACACCGACGUCCAGGUUUCGGCUCUCCAUCAGUCACAUCACCAUGCCAGCCUCUUCAACAGAGACCAUCACCUAGAUCAGAGGGUUCUCAGAGUGAACCUCUAGACCUCUCCAUUCCCAAACCUCGGAAAGGCUCUGAGCCUGGCUCAGACUGCAACGGCAGCUCACCACAUACAGACCGCAAGGAUGCAGAGCAUAUGACCAGAAGGUUAAGCCCACUAUCCCAUCACGAAGUAGGCGGGGCCUAUAGACCUUUAUUUGGAAGUGCAGUUUUUGGCAACUACCCCUUUUUUAAUCCUAUUAUGUCAAGUGGUCUUGCAGCAAUGGGGCGUAAUGGGCUGACGUCACUUCCUCUAACGCCACCAGCACCCAGUCCGGGGUUUCUCUCCCCCAUAGCAUAUAUGAUGGAGCCAGAGUCUGAGACCAUGCAAAGAAUGCAUCAAGAGAUAAAUAUCAUGGGUGAUGCCAGAACUCGAGGAAGUCUGGACUACCUUGCUCUGAUGGAGGAGGGGCUGGAUGGAGACCAUGGUCCAGGGAGAAAGAGACUCAGGAAGACAGAGGAAGGAUUAUACGCCUGCGACAUCUGUGACAAAAGCUUCCAGAAGAGCAGCUCUUUGCUGCGCCACAAAUAUGAACACACAGGAAAGCGGCCACAUGAGUGCCAGAUCUGUAAGAAAGCAUUUAAACACAAGCACCACCUGAUUGAGCACAGCCGGCUUCACUCUGGAGAAAAGCCCUAUCAGUGUGAUAAAUGUGGAAAGCGUUUCUCACACUCUGGCUCCUACUCACAGCAUAUGAACCACCGCUAUGCUUUCUGUGGUCGAGACAAUGACCCAGAUGCCCAGGUAGAGGAGCAGGUUUUGAGGGACACAAGUGUCUACGCAAACUCGCACACCAAGCUUCAUCCUGGGACAAGAGACAAUCCUCUCAUGCUGGACACAGCCACAUUCCUCAGUGAUUCCAGCCUGGACGGGGCUCCACUAGGAUUCAGAGCAGAAGAGGAGGAGGAGGAGGAGGAAGAAGAAGAAAACUCACUUAGUAAUCAUGCACACAAGAGUAGGGUGGAGAGAAGAAUGGAGAUAGAGGACAGAAGCAGACAUCUGGAACAGUCAAGUGAAGAUAGUAAGAAAAAAAAUGAAAAGGAGGCUAAAGGACAGGACACAAAAAAUGAUCAUCACAGCAGAGAGAUUAUAGUGGAACAUGAUGAGGAACAAAGAGACAUGAAUCAAGAGACAGUAUGAAUGCUCUGCACAGAGAACUUACUAAGUUUUGAGUCAAUUUGCCAAAGAUGUGUAAAAACACAAGGACAGUAUUGUACAGAACAGAAUUUGAAUGCCUUAAAGUUCCGCCUCGUGCCUUUGGAUCUAUGCUGAUUCAAGACAAUAAUGCAAAACAUGCACACCAUGUGUUACUAUGAAUACAGUGACAUACACGCACAAGGGCUAGGUAACCAAAACUGGACUGUAUAUUUGGUGCUCACUAAAUACUGCAUUUUCUAAAGCAUUUUUUGACCAGAGAUAUCAUCAUCAGAGAAGUACACAGGCAACCCAAUCUAUCACAAACACAGUAUAAUAUUUUUAAGAAAUGAAAGCCACUUUAUCUUCACAUAAAAUUACACGAUUUUUCUGUGGAUUAACCCAGGUAAACAACCACACAUUCACUUAAACGAAAUUAUAGCAUUCAUUUUCUUCAUUUCAUUUUUGUCCCAUUUUCCUGAAAUCCAAAAGUAUUUGCACUCUCUAAUGUCAAGUUGCCUGUGUUAAAACAUGCGUUCUGUGCAUCAUGCCUCUGUGAUAGAUUCUAGGAUAGAGAAAGAAGCAAAUGGUCUAUGCAGGCUGUCAAACUCUGAAAAACCUGCUACAUAUGAGAACUAAACAUAUUGUUGUUGCAUACUGCAUUGUUGCAUGAGACCGCAGAGAGUGAGAAAUAUGCUAUUACUGAGGUUUGCUAAUGUGUGGUGUUUAGCUAUGCAAGGGUUCAGAUCAAUGCACAGCACCUGUAGCAUUCAACUGCCCAAGCAGAAAAUGGUGCUUUUUCCAGGUUUGGUUCCAGCUUUAUCCUGUUUCAUAACUGUUUAAGUAAAGUCAGUGUUUUUCUGUCAACAUGUAAAUGUUGCCAAAUGUAUAUCCCUUUAAGCUAUUUAAAUAUUCUGUCUAAAUUGCAUCAGUGUUGCUUUUAUACAGCAACACUGUACCAUUUUAUAGAAUUAUUUUACCAUUUUAUAGAAUUAUUUGUUUGUGCAUACAAUUACUUACAGUCUAAUAAAGUUGUACAUAUCAA